GUGUUUGGGUGCCAAUUAUCUUCCAACCAAUUAGCAGCCAGGAAAAGGCUCCGAAGGGCGUUUCCUUCUCCGUGUCUGCGGAUCUGAAAGCCCCGUUUGAGAGGCAAUAAGUUUGAAGAAGAGCCGCGGGCAGCAGGAGAUACUCACUCUUUCUCCACCAUUCACAGGAGUAAAUCAACUUUCUCAGCUCUCUUUGCGCACAUUCACUGUGGAGCUGGUACCUGCGUUUUAAUGUGAAGGUGAAGGACAUCCAGGUUGGAGGCGUUUGUGGAUCCGCCUGGUUGAUGAUCUUUUCAGCGUGCAGCCGUGCGUUCUGUCCGGGAAGAAGCUCAGCAGCAGCACCGACGGACUUUCCGACAAAGUAAGAAGAAGAGGAGGAACUGCAAACGGGACGCGUUUCUCUUUCGCAACCUGCGUCUUACUCGUUGGAGUUUUGCAACUUUUCACUAGAAAUGGUCGGCAGGUUGAACUUGCCGAAUGUGUGUGAAGGAGAUCCUCUGGAUAUGAGCUGCAGGGCUGAUAGAGGACUUGAUAGCCCGGACUCUGGGUUGCCCCCCAGUCCGAGCCCCAGCGCCUGGCUGCUGCCUGUGUGUGCGGAUAAACCUGGAGGUGUGAGCCCGGUGUCUGAAGACGAAGGACGGGGUUCCCUGGUUCCAGUUAUACCUGCUCGAUCUUUCCCACAGCUGCACCCGCUGUCCUUUGGGGAAGGCAUCGCACUCGAUCCAUUACCGCCAAAGGAAGUGAGAUACACCUCUUCCGUGCACUAUGACUCGGACCGCCACUUCAUCCAGAACGUGGCCCUGCAGCCUUGGGGUCAGGGCCUGGAACACUGCAGGCAGACCAUCAUGGCCGUGUCCGACAACACCUGGCGCCACUACAAGACGCAGCUGGACUUCGAACCCCGCCAUCGUCCCCAACGCUUCAAGAGCACCACCAUCGUCUACCCCAAGAAAACCAGCACCGUCUACACCACAGAGCUGAGCUACGACUGCCACCGGCUAUCCAGACGGUUCCUCUCGAGUGUGGAGCUGCAGGCAGCGGGCCACAGAAAGUUAUCUCAGUGAGAGCAGAGGUGGCUGGGGACAUGGAAUGACAGUCAUUCCCAUGCCCUCGAUACUCCUCUAGAGCUGGCUCCCACUGACCUGCUGUGUUGUCUUCUUACAGUUGUGUAGCCCGCUGUCCUAUAAGUACCCAUCACAAGCUGUGGACUGGAGGCAUCUGUGCUGUGAUGUUACAGACGGCAAAAAUUGGUAAAGACACAAGUUGAAUUGAUUAAGCAUUUAUUCAGGCCGUGUCUUGAUAUGUUUUUAUCCCUGCCAAUUUGUAGCUCGUUGAAAAGUUUUCAGAGGCAUGAUCAUAUUUUAUUUAGAUUUUAUUGGAUGUCGUACAGACUAAUAUGGACCAAGAUGAAGAGAAUGCUUAGUUGCCUUCAGCAAAAUCACUCUCCUUUUGUUACAUCAAGUUGGUCAAGUGAUGCGGUUUUACAUUUUUAAAGCAACAAAGCCUGCUUCAGUGCAUAUAAUUUGUUGUAAUCAAAGAGAGGAGAAUCUUAAAACUGCUAGUUUAGUAAUCACUUAAAGAGUGCAAGAGCAUUUAGCUGUGUUUCUGGGGUUUAGAUUGAUGAUGAAUCACUAACAUAUCCACACUGUACAACGGAUGUGUUGAUACUUUUCACGUGUUUUUUUUUCACAGGGUAUUGUGUAUUUGUGCACAGCAUAACACAAACUAAGCUCUUCGCAGGCCUGAAUCCUCACCACUGUUUACAGCUGCAGUUUAAAAUGUUGAGAUUAAGGGAACUUUCCUGUUUAUUGAGACGUGUAAGCUAAAACUAAGUAGGUAGUAAAGAUGGAUCAUGAGUGUGGAGUUUACUGAAGUGCGGAGAGUAUGUUGAUAUCACUCACUUGCUUAACUAGUGAAAGUAACAAGCUGCAUUCCACUGCUAGAACUUUCUUUCUUUGCUGUGACUUGGAUUGAAAUUGUAUUUAUUCUGUUGAAGUUUUAAGAUCUGAGAUUUUAUCACCUGAAUAACGGGUCUCUCCACUGUUGUGGCAAGAGAUAUUUUUGUGAUGCUUUUUGUACUAUUUUAAUGUAUCUGUUGAUGCUUCUUUUUGAUAUUAGUCACUUAUUUGGUGCCAGUUUGAAAUAAAGUGAUCUUCAGUUUAACAAUUGUGUGUUUUAUGAGAAUGUGGGGCUCAUCCUUCAUAUAGGAUGACAACUGAUGGUUACUAUUUUGGCCUGCAAAAUGAUGAACACACUAACAAUAACAUGAAUUACAUGUAUAAAUUCUCAAAAUAGGUGAUCCUUCUCAACAUUGGAAAAACCAACUAUGUCUGCACAAGAGAAGGUCUUUGGUGUCUGAUCAAAAAGAACUUUUUAAGAGUUUUUAACAUUUUUCGAAGCUUUGGACAUCACAUAUCUGCCACUGAGUAGCUGACCAGUUGGGUUUAGGUGUUCAUGCUUCAACUGCUAAAAUAAUCAGGAGUGAUGGAUGUGCUAUUGAUUUGUUGAGGUAUCACAAUAAUGCAUACUUUGAUUCUAGGGUAAAUUGUCCCUUUAAAACGACAUGGAUAUGUGUUUUUUUUUAAUUUUUGGAAUUGUGUUACUGCAAUGCCCUCUUAUGGCUACAGAGGGGAAGUGCAAGAGAUUAUUUGCUUUCAUUCAGAGCAAGGUUUACCCUGUAUUGUGUGUGUGUGUGUGUGUGUGUGCGUUUUCUCCACCAAUUGGCUUUAGGAUGUGAAUAAAUCACAGCAGUGCUGAAGCUUAUUCCAUUAGUUAAAUGUAUCUUUAUCAGAUCAGUGCCAGAGGGGAUUCUUCAAAACAUGCUUCCACCUUUAGUAAGUCCUGCCCUGAUGAGAAGUGAGGAAUAGAAUUUGGGUGACCUCUUGCACGACCCACUAUUUAUUUAUUUAAUUAUUUAUUUUUUGUCUUUUUACCGUGACUCAUCCCAUCCGUGACAUGUCACAAGCAGUGAGCUGAUCAAUUAAAACGAAGCUUGCAUAUUGA